AUGGGAAUGAGAGAUUUUUUUAAUGGUCGAGAUAGAGGACUCCAUUGCUUCUCGGAUUCCUUUUAUUUUCACAAAAACCCUAGACCCACAGACAACUCCCGCCAACGAGUGAGGGUUUUGCUUCACUAUUUCCAGCGAAUCAGCGAUGGCCGAAGUGGAAACAGAUGUGGAUCCAGGGCAGCCGAACUCGCAGAAGGAAGAUUUCAACGCGGAUCGAACCAGAAACCAAUGGCGUUGAUCAAGAAAUUGCGAAAGGGGCGAAGCAAGAGGCACAACCUGGUGAGAAGCCAGAGAGCUAGUUUGGACUCUCCUGCGCAACAUGAUCAUUGUACCGGAGAUGAUUUGUAGCAUCAUUACAAUGGCAAAACCUUCAAUCAAGUUAAAACCAGGCCUGAAAUGAUUGGCCACUAUCUAGCUGAGUUCUCAAUCAGUUACAAGCCUGUCAAGCAUGGAAGCUCCCCUGGUAUUGAUGCUACUCAUUCCUCCAGGUUCACUCCUCUCAAGUAACAAUAUUUUACACAUUUCUUCACUCUACACUUAAUAGCAGUCGUAUCGUUAUAUUUUCUGAAAUCUGCUCAAUUAUUGCUUAAAUAAUGUAAGCCUGUGUGAUCACAUCUCAAAUGCACAGAUUAUAAUCAAUGAAAUUGAAAAUGAGCUUAUAUUA